AUGUGUUUUGUCACAUCAGACGCUGCGCAUUUGCUGCAAUUUUAGUGCCUGCGACCUAUUUCAUUGGUUGGAAUCGUUUUAUUAUCAUAAGUCUUUUUGGUGAUAUUCACCAUUUCUGUCAGUAUGUGAACCGCUCCGGACAUCACGGCCUCUUCCGCAGGAAAUGCUGCGCGGGUAUGAGGCCUAUCGAACACAACCAGAGGUUCGUUCGGACGGUGAGACACGAUGGAAGCCUGGUACAUGGACCAGUCGGAGGAGGAUCAGCGGCUCCCCCACAAACUGGAGCCCAACGAGCCCGUGUCCCUGGAGGAGCUGCAGAAACUGGGCGUUUUCUACUGGAAGCUGAACGCGGACAUAUACGAGACAGACCCCGAGCUGCAGAAGAUCCGCGAGGAGCAUGGUUACUCCUACAUGGACAUCAUCACCAUCCCCCGAGACACUCUUCCAAAUUAUGAGGAGAAGCUGAAGAUGUUUUACGAAGAGCACCUUCACCUCGACGAUGAGAUCCGCUACAUCUUGGACGGAAGAGCGUACUUUGACAUCAGGGACGAAGAUGACAGGUGGAUCCGGAUCUCCAUGGACAAAGGGGAUCUGAUCACGCUGCCGGCCGGGAUUUAUCACAGGUUCACGCUGGACGAGACGAACUACACGAAAGCGAUGAGGCUGUUUGUCGGAGAGCCCGUGUGGAAGGCCUACAACCGGCCGGCCGACCACUUCGAGAUUCGCCAGAAGUACGUGCGCUCUCUGAAAUGUGCCUGAGGAGCCAAACGGCAGGUUGUGACACGGGGUACUGAGGUCACCAGGUGGCAGAGGGUGUACGGGUGCCACGUACCGGCAACGCCGUUAGCCUUUCGUAGUGCCUUUAAAAAGCAACAAAGAUGAAACUAAUUUCCGUUUUCGAUAAGCUGUUGAUUGGAAUAUACUUGGAUUUGUAAUGUAAGUUGAUCUUUAGUUAUUUACAGGAUUACUUACUUAAUGGUACAUUGUGAAAACCCUCAAAUUCCCUACCAGCAAUAUUUUUAAAAAUCGUAUCUAAGAGCUGCUUUUCAAACAUUUUACAGUGCUGCUCCGUAUUCCGUUUCCCUAAAAAUGACUGGAUCAUGUGGGUUCACUUCAUAAUAUAGUUUUUCUUACUCUCAUUUUUGUACCUUUGUCAUGUUCUUUUUAACAGUGACAUAGAAAAACUUGCAUGAAGCAGAUGAAAUUGCACCACUGAAAUCGGUCUAUUAUGGUAUCACAGUGAAAUAUAACCACAGUGCAAAUUUUUAA